GCGAUUUCCGGUUUCUGGGACACGUCACUCAUUGGACCGAGGAAAAGAACCGGUGCUAGCUUAGCUUAGCGACGCUUUCAACAUCAACCAAACCGUGACACCAUGUCGAAUUCCGUGAUUUCAGUUAUCUCCCGGUUUCUGGAGGAGUACACCACCACGACGUCCAACAAACUUAAAGUCGUGGAUGCGUAUUUGUUGUAUAUUUUGCUGACAGGUGCGCUGCAGUUCCUCUACUGUCUGCUCGUUGGGACAUUUCCCUUCAACAGCUUCUUGUCGGGCUUCAUUUCUUGCGUUGGCUCCUUCAUUCUCGCAGUGUGUCUUCGUAUCCAGAUCAACCCACAGAACAAAGGAGAUUUCUUGUCCAUCUCACCAGAGCGAGCCUUUGCUGAUUUCCUUUUUGCCCACACAGUCCUCCACUUGGUUGUGAUGAACUUCAUUGGCUGAAUUGACAUCAGUGCUCCUCCCUUAGAAGAUCACGACAAGGAGUUCAGAAAAGUCCCCAACAAGACGUGGAGCUGCAUCGUCUCUUCGUCCAUAAGGAGUCAAUUGCAUCUUGUCAAGAGUGAUGCAGUAAACCUUUUCUUACUGAUUUAACUUUUUUUUUUUUUUUCAUUUUUGUAAUGGUUAAAUUUGUAAAGCAUUCCCAUUUUCGCUGAGGCAAAUAAAAUAAAA